UUCAGGCGGCUGUGUUGAGUAUUUCUUUAUUUUCACGGGGCGGUUGAGUGGAAGGCUGGGUUUACGAAGGCACGGAGCCUCCCCGCCCCUCCCUUGGCGGCGGCGGCGGCGGCGCUCCGGGCGAGGGUGGUACCGCUUCCCGGGGGCUGGAACACGCCUUCCCGGGGGCUGAGCGCGGCUUUCCCGGGGCUGGAGCACGGCUUCCCUGGAGCCGGAAUACCUCUUCCCCGCGGCUGCCAGGAGAUUUCAGCCCCGUUUCGCUGCUCGGUGGAGCUGAUGGCUGCAGCCCACCUCUGCAUAGGGGUGUGUAAACUUGGUGGAACUCGGGCUUUUUGUGUGAAAACCUCCCCUCACGUCUCGGCGCAGCCAGCAUGCCUGAGCAGAGCAAUGAUUACAGGGUGGUGGUGUUCGGAGCAGCGGGGGUCGGCAAAAGCUCCCUGGUCCUGCGCUUUGUGAGGGGCACUUUCAGGGAAACCUACAUCCCCACCAUCGAGGAUACGUACCGGCAGGUGAUCAGCUGCGACAAGAGCAUCUGCACCCUGCAGAUCACGGACACCACGGGCAGCCAUCAGUUCCCUGCCAUGCAGCGGCUCUCCAUAUCCAAAGGGCAUGCCUUCAUCUUGGUGUACUCCGUCACCAGCAGGCAAUCCAUGGAAGAUCUUCACCCCAUCUUCGAUGAGAUUUGUCAGAUCAAAGGCGACAUCCAGAAAAUCCCGAUAAUGUUGGUGGGGAACAAAAGUGACGACACGCAGAGGGAGCUGGAUGCCAGCGAGGGGCAAGCGCUGGCCAGCAAGUGGAAGUGUGCCUUCAUGGAGACCUCAGCCAAAAUGAACUACAACGUGCAGGAGCUCUUCCAGGAGCUCUUGAAUCUGGAGCAGAGGAGAACUAUCAGUCUCCAGGUGGAUGGAAAGAAAUCCAAACAGCAGAAAAAGAAAGAUAAACUGCAAGGCAAAUGCUCUGUUAUGUGAUUGCCUUUGGCUGGACUUGCUGCACGGCACAGCUGGAGCGUGGACUCCCACAGAAAAUACAUUCCUGCUGGAGAUUUUGGAGGAAUCCACGCCUUGCAGGGUGGUUGCUUUCCUCUAAAAUCCCCACUGGGUAAUUGUAUGUGUUGUUUUUAAGGAGGAUGGCUUCUGCAUGUUUAUUUUUUUAAACCAAUAAAUGUUCCAUGUUAGCAA